AUGCUUCAGGGUCGCCACCGUUUUUUUAGUCAAUCAAAGGCAGCGGAACGGCGCAAGGCUGCCGGGCACUCUCCCGUGGACGAGAUGCAGCGCUUCCGCAUGCUUGUGUGUUGCAUGUUCUGUGGCAUUUGCACGUCCCUUAUCUACGCCUUUGACCUUUUCACAACGGACUUUUCGAACAGGUUCAAUCUCAGCGCCGGUGAUCAGUCGACAAUCAGCACGGUGGGGCUGGUAUUCUGCUACUUCACAAUACCAUAUGGUUUCCUGUAUGACUACGGUGGUCCCUUUCCCCUGCUAAUUGUCUGCGUACUUACGGCCGGGGUUGGGGCGCUAUGUCUUGGACUGACGUUUGACGGUGUCAUCACGGGGAAUUUGGCAAGCAUUUCUGUUUUCUACGCCCUGAUGAACAUCAGCAGUGGCGUCAUUGACGUUGCCUGCAUUGUGACUCUGGCAGAGACGUUUCCUCGUAACCUUGGGCCCAUCAUCGCUCUUGCGAAGGUGGCGGUUGGUCUUGGAUCCUCCGUGCUGGCCUCCAUCAGCGUGAAUCUCUUUCGCGGGAACAUCUCCGGGUUCAUUUACUUCAUCAUGGUGUACUCUGUUGUUGUGUGCAGCGUGGCGGCCUUCGUGGUGGUACUUCCCCCGUACUUUAUCAACGGAUGGCGUCGCCGCGGCAAGACUGAGGAGCAGAUUGCCGCCCUGAAGUCCCUGGAGCCUGCGUAUCGCCGCCAGUCUGUACCCAUUCGUCGCCUUGCCGUUGGCUAUGCCGUUGUGGCCCUGCUGCUGGUCUUCCUCAGUGUCCAAUCGCCCGUGGUGAGUUACACUAGGGUCUCGAACGGGGUUUCGACCGCCUUUGGCGCCAUUACGAUCGUGCUUGUGCUGUCUUUCUUCCUGAUGCUGCUGCCUGUCCGUUGGCUUGGGGGCAUGGACGAUCGUGCCGGGGAUGAACCCAUGCGGGCCAUUGUCUCGGAGGAGGCGGUUGAUCGGAGUGAGGAGAUUUCCUUCACUCGUGCGGACGCCGCUGUGACAAACGCGCCGGACAAGGAACAGUGCCCCUUGCCAGAAAUGACUUCCGAUACGGCCGACGCCGCCUCAGAGAUCCCACAGGAUCCCCGCUACGGCGGCACCCUGUGGGACAACCUCAAACGACCGGACCUCUGGUUGAUAUUCCUCAUGUUCAUCUGCCAGAGUGCUUUGGGUGUCAUUGUGGUUUACAAUGCAAGCACGAUUUCCGUGGCGUUGACUGGGCGUAAGCGGAGCCAGCAGACCUCCGCGCUGUACACCGCAUUUUUUGGUGUGGCCAAUAGUGUUGGACGGGUGUGCAUGGGGAUGUUCGAGGCUUUUGUGCAGCAUCAGUCACCCAACAAACGCCGAUAUCUGGUGACGCUCGCCUUGCCACUUUCACCGUUUCUUGCUGCCGUUGCCGGCACCUUGCUCCUGACGAUCCCUGGUGAGGCCAUCCUGCUCCCAUACAUCAUCAUCUAUUUUGAGGAAGGCGUGUUCGCUGCUGUUACUGCGCUGAUCUUCCCGAGCCUCUUUGCGAGCCACCACGGUGUGUACUAUAAUGUCGGCUUUCUGACAACGGUGAUUUCUGUCAUUGGAUUCAACCGCUUUCUUUUUGGCUUUGUGGUGGACGCAAAACAUGACAGCUUGGGGUUUGGCCCGAAGGAGGAAUGCAGCGUGGCGGAGUGCGUGCGCCUUCCACUCAUUGUUGCCACAUGUGUGGCAACUGUGGGGACCGUCAUGGCAGUUAUUGUGCAUAUUCGCUACAGUCGGUUUGUUCGUGAGGCAUUGCGAGGGAGAUUUGCUGCGGGUGCUGGACGUACUGUUCCUUUGAGGGUGAGAUGUGAGGAUGAAUGA